CGAUUUUUUGCAACUCCCAAUGGGUAAGUCUUCUACAAGUCUUGCGAAGCUGUCUUAGGGCAAGUGCCUAACGCAGCACAGAACCACAAGUCAAGAAGCAUUUGACCGCAGAAGAGCGCGCCAUGCGCCGUGCGGAAAUGGCUCGCCGAAGAAAGAACCUUAGCGAAAAGCGAAAUGAAGAAGAAAAGAUGGAUACGAUCAAUCGGCUUCUACGGAAGCAAGCCCCGAAGAGGCGUGGUCGGAUUCCGGCUGCUGAAGCGGCUGAAACAGCCUCUGCAGAGCAACAGACGCAUGAAUUCGAGAGACUGGACCCAGCUAUGGUCAGAUGGAUUAGUGGACGCGAGGGGAGCAAGGUCAUUGUAUCAGAGGAAUGGCUUGGUGCUCCCGCAGGACGAGUCUUUGGGGAAACACCCUUGGAAAGCAGUGGGCCUAGAAAGCUGGUGGAAGAAGUAUAACCGAUUAGUUUGGAAGUCAGGUGCAAACGGAACUGGCGUAUCUGGAAAAGUCAAGUUUAACACCGUGGGUCUAUUUACAAUGUCUUGUUAAAUGGGAUUGGGCUGUAUAUUGAAGAAGUCUGGUUUGCCCGUUCAUCGUCUUACUGUGUAUCUAGUGAUUGGCAUACCCGGUUCAGGGGGAGUUUAUAUAGGAAAUAGGGCUGUUUUCAGUUAUGAUUGUUGGAAGGUUAACGCUGGUGAAAUAUGAUAAAUAAUACAUGUUUA